AUGAGCAGCGAACACCUCCCAGAUGUUGGGAGAAGCUCCUGCAGGAGAGGCUGUGAUCCCAGCGGACCCGUUCAGAUCCAGGUGGUUCCUCAGCUCUGCCUUCGUCUUCGUCCAUCAAGUGGUUUUACUGUAGAACCUGAACCAUUAAAGACCUCCAGAGCCCGCCCCGUCCCGGUCCGGUCUGCAGAACAUCCAGCUGCAUCCGUCAGAGGAGAUGAGUACUACUGGAAACUUGUUGCAGAUUUUAUCGGCCCUCAGACGGGAGAGGGACUGGAUCUGGAUCAGGCAAACUGCAGGAACAGACUUAUGAUCCAAGUUGGGCUUCUGAGAGAAGACAAUAACUUCCCCUGGGUCGCCAUCAUUGCGUGGCUGAAGAGAAUUUUCCCCAGCCACCAGUCGGCUGACUUCCGCCGCUUGAUCGAACGGGGCAUUGCAGCGACGCUGAGUCUGGGUGUCGAUGCGAGGCUGGCCUUUCUGGAGUCGCGGGUCAACUUCAGCUUCGUCGGCCCGAUCUGCGACAGCAUCGGAGUUGAGCGGCAACAUCUUCUGGAGCUGAGGGAUUUUUCUGAACGGGCGCAGCUUGUCGAAGUCACCAAUGGACUAAUUCUGGAGCUGAGCAAUUUUGCCUCCAGGGAGAACAUCUCCCCCGUCGUCAUCGUCACCUGGCUGAGGAACUUUAACCCAGAGUUCUGUAAGAACGGGGACAUUCAGAAGGCGUACAAGAACCUCAAGGCCAAGAUAAAGAAGCUAAAAAUUCACUGCAGCAAUUACGAAACAAGAAGCCACAGAAGGAUCGCGGCGAUUGAAAAUCUACUCCGGAGUCCGUUCGAAUUGGUUCGAAAGAAAGAGCCGAAGCUGCUGAUGAAGAAGCGCGUAAAAAGAGACGAUUAUGAGAGGGCGACGAUCAAAGAGGAAAGCGAGGGUUGUGAGAUCUCUCAGGCGGAGGGGUCGGAGGUGGACCGGGAGCUUUUAGGAAGUGUGCUGCAGAGGAAGCGCGUUGACUGUAACGACGAGAGCGAGAACGCAUUAAGCUGCAGAGAAGACAGUUUGGCCAACAAUGGAGAACCUCUGGCGCUGCUGGACAUCGCAAUGCUGUCCGUCCAAAAGCUCUCAAGCGUUUACGGAGGGAAAUCCGAAGCAUGCAAGCAGGUCUCCUUAGAUCUGCUUAAAAACCACUACACUCUGACGUACAAGGAGCACCCGGCCAUGAAGGAGUUUGAGAAGAAGAUCAACAUGGUGCAGGAGCAGGCCCACAUCGUGUCUCCUGUCGUGUUUUUAAACUACAACGCUAAUUUCCUUGUGGACCUUCAUGACGCAGUCGAGCAGCAGAUCAUGAGCUUUGAGAAGGACAUCAUUCUGUCCACCGGAGAGAAGCUGGGCCGAGACAAUCUUCCAAAUUUCAAGAACUUUGUUAGUUUGCCAGAGAGCGCCACGUGCCGUUACAUCCACAUGGCAUGCGACAUCCUGAGCCCCCGCAGCCCCGAUAAACCGAACUACCGGAAACACUGGAUGGCGUUCUGCGAGGAGAAGGGGAACCCGUCCAAACUGACGGUGAACCAGUCCAACAGGUUCAACAACUACUUUGAAGCCGCAGCAGGUCUCAUUCACCACCACAAAGAGAUUGGGCUCUUUUUCUCGGACCUCCUGGCGAUGACCAACGAUGUGUGUCCAAACGUGAUCCUGGAGAGCGUCACAGCUGACGCAACCGACUGCAUGGUUCAGAGCUUCGUGUGCGUCGUGGCCAUCAUUUACUGCAAAGUCAUCGGCCCGUACUGGCAGCUUCUCAAGAGCGGAGGGGAGUACUCGCUUUUCAACCAGUACCUGCUCUGCCUCUACCAGAAGUUCCUCGAUUGGUCCAAAGAUCCCUCAACUCUGCUGGAACCCGAGGAGUCUAUGAAUGUUUUCAUGCAGUUCCCUCUGCAGGAGAAAACUUUUGAUGGAGUUUUUCAUUUCUGUGGCCAGUGGCACACGAACCGGGACCUGAUCCGGGCAUGUCUGAAAAGGUCCAUAAAGGUGAUCGCUGCCGUCACUGAGGACCACCUGAAGGACUUUCUGCCUGGAGGAGUCUUUUCCAAAAUCCCCCCCACAGAUGUGUGCCUGCAGCUGGCGAGCUGCACGUUCUCCGUCCUGAUGGCAGAGUACCCCUUCGGCCACUCGUACUCCUACAAUAAGAAAACACCCGACAAGUUUUCCAACAAGAACCUAUCUGAAGACGAAGAUGAAGACUCGGCUGGUCUUUCUGACGAUGGUAUUUAUGAAUUAUCUGCUAGAAGAAAAUCCCAAAACGAGGAAUCCAGCCCUCAGUCGAGGAAAGGUCAUAAACGAGUCCACGAGGAAGAACCAGAGGGCAGCAUGGAUUUGGACUACAUCGUAUCUACGGUGACUCAAAACGGGGGCCCGUGUAAGACCCAGCAGGACUUGGACAAGAUGCUGCUGAAUUUCGACGGGAAACCCCGAAGAGUGAAACAGGAGGCGCUUCGCUGUGAGAUGCUCUACCAGAAAAUGGUUCUGAACAACAACAACCCGCACCUGGAUUACGCUUACCUGAACAGCACGCAGAUGGUGCUGAAGCUGAAGCUGGCGCUCCCGCGUGUCAAACCCAGCUACUCUCUUGUGUUGGCACCUAGGAAGACCAGAUCAAGACCACUGGUCCGGGCUGCAUCGGAACCGCUCGCAGCUCAGAGCGAAGCCGGCGUCCCGUUGGAAACUGGAGCAGAAAAUCCAAAGACUUCCACGGGCGACUCGGUGGUCCAGCCUGUGCAGAACCACACCUGA